AUGGCAGACGACCGGGUCCGUAGCAACGAACCGACCGACUUCAUACUGGUAUCCAGCACUGGCCAGGAGUUUGGGGUGCAUAGAGCAGUAAUGGCGGAGUUCUCCCCAACUUUCUGGAACAUGACUACCAAUCCCUAUUACGACGAGUUUCGGACCGGGCGCUACGUGUUCCAGGACUACAAGGCAUCCACUGUCAAGGCACUGAAAUGCCACAUGUACGACGAAACGUACGACUGGUGGAACAUGCAUCCCGAAGCCAAAGCCCUUCAUUUCACCGAGCUCUGGAAUCUCGCACACAUUUUUCUGGUCAAGGACUUGGCCGAACUUGUAAUGGCCGACUUUCUUCAUUGGACGUGCCCAAAAGAUGUCACAGGUCCCGACGAUUCACAGUACGUGCACCAGGCCAUAGGUGCGGUCUGUGAGAAUCAGCAUGUACCAGCAGCGUUGUGGCAACUCUUGGUCGAUCAGUGGGCGACUUUUUUGACUAACGAGGAAUCAAACGGUCGAGGCGAACUCUACAAGAUCCUUGGCAUUUAUCCAGGGUUUUCUGAAGCUGUUCGUAUUAGGGUCGCUCAUAAAGCUCCUGAGCAGUCGAAUUAG